GGGCCUGGGGUUCAAGGUCCUCCAGUGCUUCUUCAAGAUGGUGGGGCGCGACGGCAGGCUGGACUUCGGGGCGCCGUGCUUCUCAAUGCUCGUCUUCCUCCCGCACAGGCGCGACGGGCUCGCCGACCUCCUGCGCCUGGCCGUCACCCAGCCGGACUUCGUCAUGCGGUGCGUGCCCCGGAGCGAGCAGCUCGUUUGCCCGUGCAUGGUCCCCAAGUUCAGGUUCUCCUUCAAGUUCGACGUGCGGAACGCGCUCCGCCAGCUCGGCCUGAUCGCACCGUUCAACAAGGACGUCGCCGACCUGUCCGGGAUGGUGUCGAACAUGCCGCCCGAGGGGUUGUACGUGUCGGCCGUGCGGCAGACGUCCGCCGUUGAGGUCGACGAGGAAGGCACGACGGCAGUUGCAGCGAUGUACUCCGCUUCAAGCCCAACUUACAGUGCUCCGGAGAAACACACCCCCCCCCCCCCCCCCCCGGCGAUGAGCUUCGUGGCGGACCACCCGUUCAUGUUCGCGAUCGUCGAGUACGAGAAGGCCGAGGUCUUGUUCCUAGGCCACGUCACGGACCCUUCCAAGGAGGAUUGA